AGUAACUUUUAUUUUAUGUUGUGCAGGUGCGUCUUUGGUGCUGACAGUCAAGAGUGGGCGGCUAACCACAUUUUAGCUAGCAUCUCCCCUAUCUGCCAGUGCUGUUCUAAAAGUAUAAUUUCGGUCUCCCAAUUGAUUGUCUCACAGGAAUGUAUCAACAAACAGACGCAAUGACCUCCCCAACAGAGACAAUCGUGCUGAAAAGCACCUCAGUUUCCCUCAACGAUCGCUUCACGACUAUGCUGAAGAACAAGCAGCCGGAGCCAGUGGAUGUACGAGCCAACAUGCAGCAGCAGCAAGUGGCCAGUGUCCGCAACAGGAGACUGGCUCUGCAGAUGGAGAACAGGACCUCUGUGCAGGCCGCCCUGCAGCCCAAGAGCCUGAAGCAGCGCCUGGGGAAGGGCAACGUCCUGACAAGGCUAGGUCGGCCCAUGGGGACCCUGAUGCGGGGGGCCACCAGAAGCCGAGGGUUUGCUGUAAGGGGACUGCGAGGGAUGAACCGAGGAGCAUUCAGAGUGCGUGGAAACAACAGAUGGGGCUUUUUGAGAGGUGGCUAUGCUUUCAGAGGUGUGAAUCAGAUGCGUGCCCGGGGAGGGGUGACUAAGCUUAGGUUUCGUCAGGGCCUGAGGCUGCAAGGUGGCCAGCUGAACAAUGCUGGAGUGCUGGUGAGCCGCGGAGCCAGGAAUGGACUGGGCCUGAGAGGAAGAGGCAGAGGAGCGGGUCUGGGCCUGCGGGGCCGGGGAGGGUUCCGGUGCCGAGGCAUGGGCAAACCUGAAAAAAUCCCCACCAAAGAGGAGCUGGACAACCAACUAGACAACUACAUGUCAAUGACCAAGAGCCACCUAGACGCAGAGCUGGAUUCCUACAUGGCCAUGGCAGGCUCCGACUACAUGGAGUAGGACCCUGCUGGAAGACUGAGGGAAGCAGCAUCAACAAAUGCAUUGAGGCUAUCCAGAGGUGCCCCUCACUGGAAACAGAAGGAAGUGACAACCAGGGUCUCUGGCUUAUUCAGAACUAUUGUUAGAAGAAGCACUAUAUGUGGUGGUACAUACAUGCCCAGAAGCAUGUGUUAUGUGGCUUAGUUAGAGCUCUCUAGAGUCAUACUUGAACUGUUUCACACACUUCAGCUGUUACGUUAUUUUUGUAAUUUAUUAAUUUAAUUUAUAAGCUUAGCUCAGUGCUGAGCAGGGUGGUCUAAAACCUUGCCUAAGAAAGAAGUACGAAGGUCUGCAGGACUUGUUUAAGAAAAAAUUACUUGUUCAGUAAAAUCACAAGCAAGCUAACCAAUUCUCUUUGCUCAGGUACAUUAUGAGUUCUUAUAAUAUCCCAGAAAGACUUCACACUACAUAGAUUUGUUGUUUUUUGGUUUACAUGGUUUAUACUAUGCACGGUUUUGUCAUGUUUGGCACAAUGUUAUGUUACUUUUAUUUAUUUUUUUGGAGGGUGGGGGGGGGUCAUCUUUUGUGAAAGACAACGGUACGUACCUCAGCUAGCCAGGUUUGCCUGCAUUGUGGACUUAUAUAGACAUGGAAAUGUUGAUCUAUUUUAGCUGACAAAUAUUGCUUCCAUUUGUAAUAAGAGGAUUAGUUAUCCAACCUGUUCCUGUUGGGUCAUUUUUUUUCAUUCUCAAAAACAUUCCCUAACUGUUACGAAUAUUCUUAAGGGUGUUUGCUUCAUUUUUGUUAUGUUUGACAUUGUUUUAAUAAAAUUAUUUUUAAAGGUG